AUGGCGGAGGCAGGUUCUACCAAGGACGCACUGACAGCAUUGAAAGCCAAAGUUCUAGCUGCAAAAAGAGAUAAUCAAGAAGUUGUUUGUGCACUAAUGCUCGAGAAGAUGGCCAUAUGCAAGCAUGUCAAAUGGGAUGGUAAGCAGUUCUGCAGUUAUGUUGACCUUUGCACAGGCAUCAAUGACGACUCGCUGCCCGAAGCAACAGAUGUCUUGUUUUUAUGGCAGUCUCGGUGAACACCAUGCAGAUAUUUUCUAGUGAACGGUCUUACUGUACAGGAGAAAGCCAACUUGACCAAAAAAUGCAUAACCAAGUUGCACAAAGUAGGGGUGAAGGUUGUGUCUUUUACCUGUGAUGGGCCCACCUCUCACCAGGCGAUGUUGAAAUUGCUUGGCGCUGAACUGUCACCUAGUAACUUGCAAGCAUACUUCCAACAUCCAUGUGACCCGAAAGCCAAUAUCUACAUUUUCCUAGAUGCUUGUCGCAUGAUAAAGUUGGUAAGAAACACCAUGUUGGACUGGAAAAUCCUAAAGGAUAAGGAUGGCAACACUAUCAAGUGGCAAUUUGUGGAGGAAUUACAUCUUGCCAAUAAGCUCCGAUCUGCUCAUAUCAAAUGAAAGCCACAGAAAAUGAAGGCAAAUCUAGCAGCACAGACACUCAAGUGUUGCAGAUGCCUUGGAGUAUUGUGAAGGUGCGCUGAAAUUGCCACAAUUUCAAGGGUGUGGUGCAGCCGUUCAAUGAAUUUGUGUUUUUGAUCAUCGUUUGGUCCAGAUGGCCAGUCGAUCCUUACAUCAAAAAGGAAAACAGGAUUUCUUGGUUUCCUUUUGUGCAUCAAUGCUGUUGUGGGAUUAACAAAAGAUCUUGUUAAUGCCCAAAAUCCUGCCUUGAAGUAUCUUCUGACUUACAAGAUGAGCCAGGAUCACUUGGAAUUAUUCUUUUCAGCUGUGCGAGCUUGUGGUGGGUGGAAUAAUAAUGCAACAACUGGCCAAUUCGUAGCAGCAUACAAGCAGCUACUAAUGAGGCACAACAUCGAAGGAGGACGUGGAAACUCCACCCCUCAAGAUGAUACCGAAAUAUUGAAUAGUGUCCAGGAUCAGCAUGAAUUGGAGUUGAGACAGCCAGCUGCAGAUGAUCACGACUACUGUGAUGUUUUGAAUGCCAUGGAACUAUCUGAGUAG